AUGCGUGAAUCGCCGACACCUGUCUGUGUGGCCAUCACUUCGGGGACCACCUCUUCGUGCGGCCGUCGAUCGCAGACCACAACCACUCACUCAUAUCGGGUCGCAAUCGAUAUAACACGUGAUCCGCAGAUAAUGUCGAAAACGACUCACGCCAUGGAUGACCAGAAGGUUGUGUGGAACGGGUGGGGGACCGCCAAUGGGGACAAGACUACCAAUGGAGACAUCGAAGGGUCCGGCGUUGGCUUCAAGAAGUCGUUCGUCCAAAGCCUCAUAUUAGGGAUUUCAAACAACAAUUCGCGGACGAACUCAGACUCGAAUUCAACCAAUUCUGUGAAUUCUGUUUCAUCUCAACAAAGCCUUAAUGUACUGAAAAGCUCACCAAAGAUAAAAGUAGCGCCGAUUAAUGAUAUAAAUGAUUGGCCAACUCUUGGAGAAGUCCACAAACCAAAGAACUCAAAACACAACUCAAGUGCUGACGAAACCACAGCAAACGAAACGCCGAUUCCGACAUCGGGUGAGCCAUCAGUGCCUUCAACUCCUAAUAAAUUAGCUAAUAAUCACAUAAACGACUCGACGCCGCCAUCGCUGCAAUCGAUGUCUUCAUCAAAUCAUCUCAAUUCCAACUCUCGCGACAACUCUCAGACAUCACAACCACAGUCAUCACAAGACGACGAGGACUCGCCCAACGAGACCCCAGACAGAGACGGCGGCCAUUCGUCCGGUGCCGGAACCGACUCCACCACUACUAUUACGCCCAGAUCUGCCAAAAAGAAAGGUCCUAAGAAAUGGGUGCCCCUAGAGAUCGGACCUCCGCCUCAAUCAAAGCCCCAUCGAAGCGAACGAAGUAAGCCCUCACUCGUGAGCGGUCGCGACAGACAGAGCGCCGACGACCGGACGGACCGCAAAGACAGAGAUCGACCGCCAGAGAGGCCGCGACGCGAUCGUCGCGAAGAGCGUAAAUGA